AUGAACAUCAUAGAUCAUAGUAAAGAGAACAUGAUUGGGAAAGGAACAUAUGGCGAGGCGUACAGAAUUGUUGGCCCCCUUGGAGAAGAUCUAUGCAAAAAGACUUCCAAAAAUAUUCAAUCGGACAAACACAUUCCAGUCGUGCCAAUAAGAGAAAUUUGCUUGUUAAGUGAACCUAAGUAUCGACAUAUCAUACAUGCAAAGAAUGUAACUCUCGAACAAUUAUAUCCGAACAUAUUUACCUUAAAUUUUCAUUAUGACUAUGGUGCCAUUGAUGUAUAUAAGCUAUGCAAUUACUUUAUCAAUAAACAAAGAACUCUCGAACAUAUAACUGCAAAAUCAAUAUUAUUUCAACUAUUACUUGCUCUAAAUCAUCUGCAUUCGCAUGGAAUCAUUCACUGCGAUAUCAGUCCAGCUAAUCUAAUUAUAAUGCCACGAAAUUACGAAAGACCCGGAAUUCUAAAAUUAAUAGAUUUUGGUCUUUCCAGAACAGAUGAAUGGAAAGGUCAAGAUAAGAGUACAAUAGUAGUUACAAUAUGGUAUCGGUCACCAGAAUUACUCCUUGACGAUAAAAAAUACACAGUAGCCGUUGAUAUUUGGGCCGCUGGUUGUAUUUUCGCAGAAUUGCUAACAGGACAAGUAAUUUUUCAUUCUGAGACACGUUCACAGAACAGUAACGAAUUCUGCAGCAAGCAAAUGAUUGCAAUUUUAUCAAUAAUGGGAAAUUUCAAAGCUACAGAUCUUCCACCGUAUGCAACAACAUAUAUGGCUGAAUUCAAUAAUUUAAACAGAACACAUUUCGAAUCUCAAUUCGAAAAAAAAUUUGCGUAUAUCGAUAAAGAUGCACGAGAUUUACUAAGAGAGAUGCUAUGUAUCAAUCCAAAUAACAGAAUUAGCGCUUAUAACGCACUAAGACAUCCAUAUUUCAGCAAAGAUCCCGUUCCUAUCAUGAAUAUUACGAGUCUUUUCUCGGAUUCUGAAUGGGCAGAUUUAGAAAGUAAUGCUUCUCGAAAGCGUUGA